CUUAAGGGGCUGCGAUGGCGCUCCGUCCAGGUGAUGGCGGUAACGGACUGUACAACUACCAGAAAACUUUAAAAGAAGAAGUGUAGACGUGUCAUAUAAUAGAUCUACAGUGGACGGCAGAGUUUAUGCUGAGAUGAGUGAUCAGUUUAUUAAACCAGGCAAUCAUGAGCGAGGAUGGAAUGAUCCACCACAGUUUUCAUACAGCUUUCAGAAAGAUUCAUGUGGAGUCAAGCAAAAAUGUAAUCUCAACAAGAGGGUGCACUCACCACAACUUGCAGGUUCUGCAUCAGAGGUGGCGUCCGCAACAGCUGACAAGCUAACGCCACCCAGGGACAUAAAACCUCCUCCUAUUCAAGGGACCACCUCAACUUCAGUAAAUUCAAUUCUCUCAGAUCAAACUGUGACUACAGAAGGUGAACCAUGCAUUGAAGAUGUUCAAGCGUCACUUUAUGAGGUGUUGAGUGCAUGCAGACAUACUGUGAAGAAACAGAUUUGUGAUGAUGUAGAAAGACGUCUUAAGCUUUUUGAGGACAUGUGGAAAAAUGGAAAGCUCUCUUCUUCUGUUAAACAUAGAAUGUAUGGAUUGUCCCAAGACCUAAAAAGGAAAAACUGGGAUGCAGCAGAUGAGAUCCACAGAGGUCUAAUGGUUGACCAUGUCUCUGAAGUCAGUCAGUGGAUGGUGGGAGUCAAACGUCUUAUUGCUGAAGCUCGGAGCCUGAACACAGUGCAAUCUGUUCAGUCAGAUCAAAAUCAACUUAAUAACACCACUGAUCCAGGGUUAUGAGCACUGAAACUUCUUACCCCAUGUUUUUGAAAACCUGGUUAUUAUUGGAUGAGAAAAGUGAUUUUGUGAUAUCUUGGAUGACGUUUUGGAAGUUUUGCAUUCCAACCUAAAUCAUGUACUGUUACCAUUUCUUUUGGGGAUUGUUUUUCAUUGCAAAUUGUUAGCUAUUUCUAUUUUUUCUUAAAAAAGUCUACCAUUUAUCUAACCACAAAUUCUUGGGAAACUGAUUAAAUAAUAUUUGGAUUUUAUUCCAUUCAAGGUAUUUGUAAAUUAAUAGCCCAGGCUAUUAAUUUAAAUGGCACAUCCCGAGAAUUUAGCUGUGCCGGAUUGUGCAAUGAAUCUUAUGUAUAUUUAUCUCUGCAUAUCAUAAUAAAGAUUUUAGACUUUG